AUGAGUUCGGCGGUAGGAUUUCCAGGAGUGAUUGCUGGAGCAGUGAGCAAUGCUGCUGUGGUAGCACCAAUCUUGGCAGCUGUCAUCGCCUACUUCAGGUAUGACCAAAUAGACCCUGAGGCAGGACUAGACGCUGUUGAUGUAGAUCCCACUCAGCUUUAUCCAAAUUAUGACUUCAUAAUUAUAGGUGCUGGCUCUGCAGGAGCAGUAUUAGCAAAUCGUCUUUCAGAGGUAGAAAAUUGGAAUGUCCUACUUCUAGAAGCGGGAAGCGAUGAAACGGAUAUUUCAGAUGUCCCUCUUCUGGCUGCAUUUCUGCAGCUCAGCAAGAUGGAUUGGCAAUAUAAAACGGAGCCUCAAGGAACUGCAUGUUUAGGGAUGACCAACAAGAGAUGCAACUGGCCAAGAGGAAAAGUGGCUGGAGGAUCUAGUGUUCUCAAUUACAUGCUCUAUGUGAGGGGAAACAAAAAUGAUUAUGAUCUGUGGGAGUCUUUAGGAAAUACUGGAUGGGGAUACAAUGAGCUUUUGUACUACUUCAAGAAAAGUGAGGAUAACAGGAACCCAUAUCUUUCCAGGUCUGACUAUCAUUCGACAGGAGGAUACCUAACAGUUCAAGAAGCUCCGUGGCACACAAAGUUAGCAACAGCAUUCGUCCAAGCAGGAAAACAACUGGGAUAUGAAAACCGAGAUAUAAAUGGCAGGCGUCAAACUGGAUUCAUGAUUGCACAAGGAACACUGAGGAAAGGCGCUAGGUGUAGCACCGCCAAGGCAUUCCUCAGACCUGCGAGGCUCAGGAAAAACCUCCACAUAUCUCUAAAUUCUCAUGUUACGAGAGUUCUGAUUGAUAGAAAAACAAAUGUCGCUUCUGGAGUAGAAUUCAUGAAAAAUGGUAAACUUUACCAGAUCAGAGCAAAAAAAGAAGUUAUUUUAAGUAGCGGUAGUGUUGGCUCACCACAAAUCCUAAUGUUAUCAGGAGUAGGACCAAAACAGCACCUAGCAGAAAUGGGAAUUCAAACUUUGUACGAUUCACAAGGAGUCGGCCAAAAUUUACAAGACCAUAUUGGUCUUGGAGGUCUUACUUUCCUUAUAAACCAAAAAGUUUCCUUGUUACCUACAAUAUAUGAAAAUGUUCAGUCACUUUUAAAGUAUGCAAUGUUUGGAGAUGGACCACUUACUGUAAUGGGAGGGGUAGAAGGACUAGCUUUUGUCCACACUAAGUACAGUAAUACCACAGAAGACUGGCCGGAUAUAGAGUUUCAUUUAAUAGCUGGAUCAACUAAUUCCGAUGGUGGAGCUCAGAUGUGGAAAGCACAUGGAAUAACAGAAAAAUUUUACAAAGACGUUUUUGAACCAAUCAAGGGUCAAGAUACUUGGUCUGCACUUCCAGUGCUUCUCAGACCUAAAAGCAAGGGGUUUAUUAAGUUAAAAAGUAAAAAUCCAUUUGAAUAUCCAUUAAUCUAUCCUAAUUAUUUCUUUGAUCCAUUUGACAUGAAAACUUUAAUUGAAGGUGUGAAAAUUGGAAUUCAAAUGAGUAGAACUAAUGCUAUGCAGACAUUUGGAAGUGAAUUAUAUGCUCGUCCUUUUCCGUCCUGUAGAAAUAUUCCUAAUAAUACAGAUUAUUAUUGGGAGUGCAUGAUAAGACAGUACUCAGUAACCAUUUACCAUCCAGUUGGUACUUGUAAAAUGGGACCUAACUGGGAUAAAUCGGCAGUUGUAGAUCCGCAGUUAAAAGUUUAUGGAGUGAGAGGUUUGAGAGUGGUAGACGCAUCCAUUAUGCCCACUCUUGUCAGUGGGAACACAAAUGCCCCCGUUAUUAUGAUAGCAGAAAAAGCAUCAGAUAUGAUAAAAGAACAAUGGAGGAAGUUCAGUUAAUAAUGAAACUGAAAGCCAUAAACCUAUAAUUUAAUGAACUAAUUACAUUACAUAAAUGUUAAGUAAACAAUUCUGUCAAAGCCAAUGAUGAUCCAGGGGUUUUUAAGAAGUAAAUUCAAGGAUAAAUAAACUUUACUUUAAUGAAAAAUUGAUGUUAAAAAUGAUAAACUUGUUUUUAUGUCUUGAGAUACGCUCAUAGACUAAAUAAAAUAUUAUAUGUCAGAAGUAAAUAAAGAUAACAUUAUUAUUACUAAUGCAAAUCAACACAAUGUGAGAUCCAAUGUAAAAAAAAAUGGAUUCACAGUGAAGAAACAGUAACUAUAAAAAUCCUAAUGUUUAUCAUAUAUUAUAAGCAAAUAUUUAAUGAAUAAUCAAUCAAACUGUCACAACAAUCAAAGUGAAUCAAGAUAUUCUAAUCUCUAAGAAGAAAUAGAAAUAUCUAAUUUUAUACAUAUGUACUUACAAAUCUAUGAACAUAUUACUUAGCAAUGAGUAUAGAUUUUGCUAGUAUUACAUACAAAUUUUUUCACUGUAAAUAUUCUAUACAUACCUAAUACUAAAGUGUUUACAACGUUAUUGUUAUUAAAACAACAAAAAAUUGAUCAUUUACAUCAAUUACAUUUUAAAUUAAAGAUUCUUGAUGAUGAACUUGAAAGUCAGUAGUUGUAUCUACUAAAUUUGAAAUACAAGGAUAUGAAAAAAAAGAGAAAGGAAGAGUUCCAUAAAUAUUAAACUAAAAUUCUUUCACCGAUUUUAUGUAUAAUUAAAUUUU